AGCAAAGGGGACCGCGCCUCCGCGCGCGCAGAGGGUCUGGGGGUGCAAAAUGGGGCCCAGCGGUCCCCGUGCGCUCGUGCUUCUGCUGCUCGUGCUCUCCAGCUCCCGGUCGCGGGCUUCCCAGAACUGCCUCAGCAAACAGCAGCUCCUCAUGGCCAUCCGUCAGCUGCAGCAGCUGCUGAAGGGCCAGGAGACGCGCUUUGCCGAGGGCAUCCGCAGCAUGAAGAGCCGGCUUGCCACGCUCCACAACUCUGUGAACAGAGGGGGCCUAGACGCCCCACCAGUUUCCUGCCCAGCUCUGCACACGCCUCCCGAUGGCAGGAAGUUUGGCAGCAAGUACUUCGUGGAUCACGAAGUCCACUUCACCUGCAACCCUGGCUUCCAGCUGCUCGGGCCCAGCAGCGUGCUGUGUCUUCCCAAUGGCACCUGGACAGGGGAGCAGCCCCGCUGCAGAGAUAUCAGCGAAUGCUCCAGUCAGCCCUGCCAAAACGGCGGAACUUGCGUGGAAGGAAUCAGCCAGUACAAAUGCAUUUGUCCUCAGGGAAGGACAGGAAGUCGCUGUCAGCAUCAGACCCAGACUGCCGCCCCCGAGGCCAGCAGCCCCGCCUUCAGCCGCGCGCCCCGCUGCGCGCAGGUGGAGCGCGCGCAGCACUGCAGCUGCGAGGCGGGAUUCCACCUGAGCGGCGCCCCCGCCGGCGACGGCGUCUGCCAGGAUGUGAACGAGUGCGAGCUCUAUGGACAGGAGGGGCUGCUCGGGCUCUGCAUGCAUGCCUGCGUGAACACCCCUGGAUCCUACCGCUGCAGCUGCCCCCCUGGGUACCGGAUCCUGGGGGAUGAGAAGAGCUGUGAAGAUAUCGAUGAGUGCGUGAGUCCACAGCAGGUGUGUCCCCCCGGGACCACAUGCAUCAACACUGGAGGAGGCUUCCAGUGCGUCAGCCCACAGUGUCCCGAGGGCAGUAGCAACGUCAGCUAUGUGAAGACGUCCCCCUUCCAGUGCGAGCGAAACCCCUGCCCCAUGGACAGCAGACCGUGCCGCCACUUGCCCAAGACCGUCUCCUUCCAUUACCUCUCCCUGCCCUCCAACCUGCAGACUCCCCUUACGCUCUUCCGCAUGGCCACCACGGCCUCUGUGCCAGGCCGGCCUGGACCCAACAGCCUUCGAUUUGGGAUCGUGGGCGGGAACAGCCGCGGCCACUUCGUGAUGCAGCGCUCGGACCGGCAGACGGGGGAGCUGAUCCUCAUCCAGCCCCUGGAAGGGCCGCAGACGCUGGAGGUGGACGUGGACAUGUCCGAAUACCUGGACCGCUCUUUCCAGACCAACCACAUGUCAAAGGUCACCAUCUUUGUGUCCCCUUAUGACUUCUAAGGGUGCAGGGGGAGGGGAGAUCCGGGCUCACUUCUCUUUGGCAGAGACCCAGCCGCCGGCACAUCAGCCACAGACUCCCACCCUGUCCCCUGGCUCUGCCCACGCAGGCCUUAGAGCAGCUCCACAGGCUGUGCCACGGAGGGCACAGGGACAGCCACGGAACCCUGCUGCCACCAUGACUUUCUCUGCUUGAGGGCCCUUCUCUUAGGUUGCACAUGCGUUUCCUGGAAGAUUUCUUGGUCGGGGGAACAGGCAGCCUCCCCAGAUCCCACGUGAAUGGCCUUGAUGAGCACCAACGAGCCGGGGAGGCAAAAGCUCACGGUGAGGAGUCCGAGGUGAUUUCUGGGUGACUCUAAGAUGGAAACCCUCCCAGAUGGUCACAAGGUGGCAAGUGUUCUGGCCACGUGCAGGAGGAAGCCACAGCUGCACACACAUGGCAUAGGGAGGUGGUGGUUCUCUUGCCACGAGCCAGUGUGGUUUGCAGCCGUGCCCUGUCUGCCUUCUCAUCGGGGAGCCAGUUCAGGGGGCCAAGUUCCCCCAUACAGGUCUUUCUGGACCUGCAGGCCACAUUAAAGCACUGCUCCUGCCUGAAGUGACUCCUCUUUGAGGGACCUUCUCUCAAAGUGUCACUGGUACUGUGAGCAGAGAAUGAAGGCUGGUCUCCCCUGCCCCUCAGGCCUGACUCCGAGCAGCGGUCCUGCUCCCAGGCUGUGACCCCUCGUGAUGAACGGGUCAGCGAGAACUUCAGAGGUGACUCCAGAAUUAUCCCAGGCACCGGGCUUGGCCAAUGGGAGAGAGGCAUGGUAGUGGCACACACCUGACUUGCCCUUGGCUCCAGGACCACCUACUUCUGAGGAACCAGUCAAGGGGUGAUACCCUCUAGCUGUCAGAAGAGAAAAAAUUGCUGGGCUAGGAGUGUGGUAUACUAGCAUCCGGGGCACCUUUCAAGACCAAGGUAGAAAGCCAGCCAAGGGGCCAGGGAGACAGCGCCCAGAGGCAGAGCACAGGCUUUGCCUGUGCAGGGCCUUCAGUUCCAGCCCUAGCACUGUAUGACCCCUGGAUCACCGUCCAGUGUGGAUCUGACGAUGCUCCAGGCCACCUGGCCUGGGCACUGGACUUUCAGAUCUAAAACACUGGGAGUGGCCCUGGGCUUCCCCUGCAUCCCAGCACUGCCUGUGAUCCUGAUUUUAAAAAAAGACCAAUUCUUUGGGGCCAGAUGGUAAUACAAUGGGCAGUGUGCUUGCCUCAGACCUGGUUGACCUGGGUUCGAUCCCCAGCACCCCGUAGGGUACCCCAAGCACUGCCAGGAGUGAUCCCUGAACACAGAGCCGGGAGCAAGUCCUAAGCACCACCGGGUGUGGCCUAAAACCGUAUGUUAAAAACAAAAACUUCUCUCUCUACCUUGGUAUGAGAUGGGAGCAGAAAAAAUGUGCCUUUACUUUGAUAG